UGUUGUCUGCAUUUUGCGCUGAUAAAAGAAAAAAGUUUAAAAAAAAUAAUUGUCGUAAAUAUUUAAUUUAAAAACUGAAUUUAUCUUAUUUGGAUAAUUUUUUUUAAAAAUGUCUUAUCAAUUAUAUAGAAAUACAACUCUGGGGAAUACUUUGCAAGAAAGUUUAGAUGAAUUAAUUCAGUAUGGACAAAUUACCCCAGCUCUUGCAAUUAGAGUUUUGUUGCAGUUUGAUAAGUGUAUUAAUACAGCCCUAUCACAGCGCGUUAAAGCAAGAGUUACUUUCAAGGCUAGCAAAUUGAAUACAUACAGAUUUUGUGAUAAUGUUUGGACUCUGAUGCUAAAUGAUGUUGAAUUUCGUGAAGUACAUGAAUUUGCGAAGGUUGAUAAAGUUAAAAUUGUAGCCUGCGAUGGAAAAAGUAAUGCAUUUAAUGUGGAUGAUAUUGAAAAGCGGUAAACCAUGCUGAGAAAUUCUACAAGAAUUAAAAUGAGCUUAACUGAGACUUUCUUAAAACUUUAAUCAGCAAAUAAAAUUUUUCCCUUAUUUCUCCAACUUUAAUUUUAAUUCGAAUUCUACCUUAUUUCUUUUAACACAAAUACAAGACACUAAGAACUUUCUAUUUAAAACGUUUAAAUUUAGGAAAUUAAAUAUUAAACAGAACUAAAGGUUUCCAUUUCAAUGAAAAUGUUUUGUUUCGCUAUUAUAAUAUUUUUAUUUGUUUAAUUUGUUUAGAAUUAGUCUUCACUAAAAUAUCUAAAAGAAAUAAAAUUUUAUAGUCAUUAAGAAUCGUGUACCAUUAUAUUUAAACUGUAAUUAUGUAAAACAAAAUACAAAUACAAAAUAUUCUAAAUAGUAAAUACCGUUAGUUGGAAGGUGUUAUUUAUUAUAAAAUUGUAUAUUAAUAUUUGAAAAAAAGAAGAAAACAAAAACUAAUGUAAAAAUAAAGCCAAAAAAAAAUGAAAGGAAAGUAAAUAAAAUACAUUCAAUUUGGUAGCUGAACUCAAAUUUUGUUUUACUAUACAUGUUUAUAAAUAGUAACUAUAUAUCUAAAGGACUUGAUUUAUUGAUAACCUCUAUAGUACUUUUGUAACUAUGAAAAAGAGUGUUAAAGUGAUAUGAUGUUAUAAGUCUCAUUGUUGGUAACUCUGAACCGUUUUUAUUUAAUAAUGGAAUCAAAAUUUUAUAUUACAAAUUUAUUGGAGGCAAAAAACAGCAUUACAUAAUGGUAAAAUAAAACAA